AUGACCACUCCAUUCCAGAAUGUAGCAACUAAAUAUGAUCAGUUAAAGGAAACGAGAGGGAUGCCAAAGGGCAGUGGUAAUAAUGAUGGUGGACCUGGUACAAUGUCAACAACUUCAUCAACACAAUCAUCUCAACAUUUCCAUCCAUAUCCAAGCUCACUCCAUCAAAUAUAUACCGACUCACAUCAACAUCAACAGCAACAACAGAGACAACAAACAAUACCGACGACGACUCAUCAUCACCACCUCCUUCACAAUCAAUCACCGCUAUCACCGCUACAUCAACAUCCGACAUCAUUUUCAACUUCUGGAGGCCAUAAAUCAGACUCCUCCUCCCACCAACAGCAACAACAACAUCAACAACAUAACCAACAACAGGCGCAACAUCAACAACAACAACAACAAUAUUUUACCUAUCCUGGCACGCAGUUUACCGGAACCAAUCCAUAUCAAUUCGCACCUUCCUCCAAUAAUAGCAUUUCACAAGAGAUCCCUGGCGCACCCCAGCAGCAGCAACCGCAUCAGCAUGGGCUGCUUCCGUCGUCGGACUCACCCACACCACCCUCAUAUAUUGGGUCUCACAACUUCUACCUAGGCGCAACACAACAGCCACAACAACAGUCCUUCUCCAAUCAACCAGCAUUCAAUCCACAUCACCAACACCUUCACCAUCAGAGUCUGAAUAGUAGCCGUCCUUCGAUUGAUAACACAGGUCUCCUUUCACCCUUGGGAUAUCCGACCAACCCUUUCCAAGUGUUGUCCACCGGUCCAUUUCUCCCUGGCGGUGGUGGCGGCGGACUCUCCACCAUGCCAACGCGCCAUCAACAAGCCAUUACCUCGAGCAGCAAGUCAUCACAGGAGCGUAGCGCAAAGAAACCACCAGGUCCCACUUCAACCGAGUUGCCCUUGUCACGAGUCGGAAGCCCCACCGGAGACCAAUUUAUCCCAGAUGGCGCCGAUCACAAUCGAACUUUGAUGAAUAUUGAACAACAUGGUCAGCUUCAAGCAAUGUUCCAGCCUACGUAUACGUCACCACUCCACAGGCUGACGCCAGUCCAGACAGACGCCCACCAGACAACUCACCAACAUCAACCUAUUCAACAGACGACGAUGGAUCGCAAGAGUAGGUGGCGACCGAGCCAGCGCGAGAAGGACAUGUUGGACUCAAUGUUUGCGCGCCAACAAUAUCCGAACAAGGAGGACAAAAUUGAGAUAGUCAAAGUGCUCAACUAUAAGGUGAACAUGGAACAGGUGUCGCGUUGGUUCAAACACAAGCGCGAGAAUAUGGUGCAAAAGGGCGAGUUCCAGUACAAGCAGAACCCCUCGCAGAAGUUCAUGCCGCGCGAGGUCACAAUGCUGGAGGAGCAAUUCAACUUGGAGUCGUAUCCGAGCGGCGCCAAGGUCAAAGAAAUGGCACAGACUCUACGCGUGUCCGAAACCAAGAUCCGAAAUUGGUUCAAGGCCAAGCGAGGCAAACUGCAACGACGCGGUUUGUUCCAGUACAAGCCAAAGGUUGGCGGGUCGAACACCAGCCACCACCGACAGCAUUUAACUUCCUCCAGCGAUGAAGAUGAGGUCGUUGACGAGGACAAUCAAUCACCGACUACAAGUACAACUAGUACUACUAGUACUACUACGACUACUACAACAACAACCACAAACACCAAUACCAACACGCCAUUAUCAUCAUCAACGACAACAAUACCAAUAUCAUUCAAGCCCAUGGGAAUGCUAUAUCAGCAUCAACUCCAACAACAACAACAACAAAAUUGUGGUAUCAAUGGAAGGGGAUAUCUAAGCCAGAGUACAUCCUCUUAUGACGACAAUGAAGACGACAAUGAAGGCGACGAGGUUGACCAAGAGGGCACUUCAGAAGAGGACCAAGAUAAUAAUGACGACGAACAACAACUACAACAACAACAACAAUAUCAACAUCAACAUCAUCAACAAAACAAUCAAUCCAGCGAUGGAUAA